AACAACGUAAUGUCAGGCCCUGUGAACGCGAUUUUGUCACGUCCCGCUCAUCUGGCUUUUACGUGCGCUAAUGCUGAAUUUUCAGUGCAGUAAUACGCCGUAGGCCCGUACGUCAGCCGCGCGCCCAAUCACAGCUGUCGUCCUUUGUCUUGGCUGUAUGUGCGGCUGCAGUGUGAGUCAGCUUGAUAACACGCGGCAGAGCGUUUUAUCCUGCCUCUGCUGCAAUUUUCCCAUGCCGAGCGACGGUUUGACAGUCGAUGUUUUGGGGAUGAAGGCGUCGCGACUUUCUUCAGCUGAACAGUGGAUGACUUUAGAAAUUUCGGAUUUUUGUGCUCGUGCAUUUUAACGCAAAAAGUUUCCUUUAAUUAUCCACAGUGUUGCCAUCUGGCAGUCAGUUUUCAGUUUUAAAACCCUUCGCUUGUUCAGUGCGUCGCUUUGAAUCGGGUCGGCAAUUACCGAGGCAGUCUGCGUGUUUGUAAACGAAAGAGCCUCUUCUACUCGUAACUGCAGACACCAAGUGCUGGAAAAAAUGUUUGAGCCGUUGAUUAAGAACCCCGUCGACGCGCGAUAUCGCCGCUAUUCCAACCGGCCAUGUGGCAUACUGAUCGGGCAAACCGGAGUCGGGAAAACCACCUUGAAGAACCGGCUGUGUAAUACCAACCAUUUAGCUGGCGCAUCCGAAGGCAGCGUAACCCAUCAACUGAUGAAGAACGAUGUCAGCGUCGGAACGAAUUCCUUCUCCUUGAUCGAUACUCCGGGAACCGAUAGCAACACUGACACGUUCAAGCACGCCCAUCUGCUGCGCGCCGGACUGACCGCCACGGAGCUGAACACGCUCUUCAUCGUCGUGAAAUACGAGAACAAGUAUUUCAAGAUGGUCGACAACUAUCUGCAGGCGCAACAGCCGGUGGUGAAUUUCAUCCGGAAAAUCGUCAUUCUCGUCUCGCAUAUGGACCAUGCCGGGGAUCCCGGAGCAGAGUUUCCUAUCAUCUGUCAAGCGCUGAUGGAAGGCAGUCCGCAGGUGGCCAACAUUGUUUUCUUCUCAGAUCGCGGCGAUCCCAAUGCUGUUGCGGAUUUAAUGUACGCUUGUAUGUCUAACAUGGAACCGCAGUGGCUGGCGAUCUCUGAGGAAGAUUUCCAUUACAAUUUCACCUUGUAUCAAGUGCGGAUUAACAUGCGCAAAUCGUUUGAGCUGUACAAGAAGCAGGUGGAGGCUUUCUUGGGUGGUUACUCGCGACUCCGUGACCGCGUCGAAAAGGAGCUCGACGAAGACAAGGACGAGCUGUUUCACGUCAUGAUUGUCCAGUUCAAGUACGAUCUGGAUGAUCUGUACGAUGAGUUUGUGGGGAAGCAUGGUGCUGCCAUGGGGGAGAUGGACUACUACGCUCUGUGCAUUGAGAUGCAGCGGGAGAAUGUCAAGAUCUGCGAUCGCUUCGUCAACUCCGUCACCCCGCUGAUGACGUACAAUCUGUUCGAUAACACGGAUCCGCGGAAUCUGAUUAAGGCGUGCCCAUUUUGUGGGCUGGUGUGGUGGAAGACGGAGGGCUGUGAUGGUGUGACCACCUGCGGUAAUCGAGUUAGUACGCGGUUUGACUUUCGACCUAGAGCCAUGUUUCGCUACGCUUUGAAAUGGAUCAACGGCGAACUGGUCCACAGUAAGAAGGCAGUGGCCAGACCUUCGGUCGGAACUGCCCAAGCGCCACAGUCAGCCGUCGGGAAGGGAUGUGGCCGAUCUAUUACCUGGAGCGAAAUUCCCAAACUGAACGACGAAGUCCUGUACAAAAUCUUCGAAGUGAAAACCAUGGAUGAAGUGAAGAGCAUCAUGCAGAAUGACGGAUACAAGAAAGCCAGAGACAGUUAUGUCAGCAGCAUCGACACAACCUUCCAUUCCUGAAUCGUCUCCUAUCCGUUGGUUUAUGGACAUCCGAUUUGGCCUUUAAUCAUUUCAAAUUGGUUUAGCGUCCAUCGUCAUUGCAGAAUUUAAUGUGGUUUGAAAUCGUUUCUAAAGACUAAAUCCUAUGAGUCCUGUCCAAUAUUGUCAUAAACGUUUUGCUUUAUCAAUUUUUGUCAUCCUGUAUAGCAGUUCUUCUAUUUGCUAGUAGGUUAAGCGCAUCUGCUCAAAAUAGUGGAACUUUUAUUUGGGCAUUUUACCAGAAAAGACUGCGACUGUUUGUUUUCCACUGAACUAUAAUCCAUUCA